UUACUUCUUUCCGAGCUGGUUGGAAAGGCAACCACGGGAUCUUUCUCCUCCUUCAGCUCCGCUCCUAACGGAAACCAUUGAGGAAGGAUAUAGGUUAAAUCCUACUCAACUCCUGGGUACCAAAAAUCCCCUAGAUUGGAUCGAAGGAUCGUAGAUGCUGCAGAGGAAAGCCGCUGCCGGCCGGCCAACGGGAACCGAUGGUUACGAUUACUCUUACCGCAUGGUCGUCGAUUCCAGAUACACUAAGGUUGCUAAGGGUAAGGCGCGCCUCAAAGCCCUACUUAUAGUGCAGGGUGUCCUUCAAGCUAUUGGUUCUCUAUUAGUUUUACUUGCAUCGCAAGAGAGAGGGUUUGAAAACCUUGUAGUUGUAUCUGUUUCCAUUGGGUUCAUCUCUCUUUUGAUCGGAGAAUUAGGUCGUAGGCGCAGUCAGGCAAAUUUAUUGAGACUCUAUCUCAGUUUGUUGGCUAUUGCAAUCGCGUUUACUGCAGCACAUGUAGUUAGGAGUGAUUUAUUCUUUAAGUCUUCAAUGAUAACAGGUUACCAAAGCAAAAGAUUUCUCAUCCAUUACAAGCUACGAGUUGGGCGAGAUCUUUUACAUUCUGCUCGGUAUUUUUCUGCAUAUUUUAGCUAUAAUCACCACUGCUCUUCUUCUGCAAAACAUGUCUCCUAAGAGAACUGCCUAAUUUUUGUUUUCAAAACGUUUCCUAUUUAUAGGGGCAUUUACAUUCAUACCGCCCAAUUUUUAUGUUUUUUACAUGCUUAACACCUAAAUUUUACCUUUUUACAUUAAUGCCACUUAAAAAAAAGCACCAUCUUAAUUUUUAAAAAAUUGAAGAAAUACACCUUUUCGGCGAGAUGACAACAACAA